AUGUCUUCUCGUAUCGAUAAGGUCAUUGCCCGCCAGCGGGAAAAGAUCGCUGAUGGCGCCUAUUAUGAAGCUCACCAGCAGCUACGUGUCAUUGCUGUCCGCUACAUCAAACAAUCAAACUACGAUGCUGCCGCCGAGAUCUUGGCCGGUGGCGCCAAGGAGCUCUUGAAAGCUGGCUCGCAACAAGGUGCCUCUGCCAGUGGUGGCGACUUGGCGAUCAUGCUGGUGAUCGAGGUCUAUAAUAAGGCAGAAUGGGAGAUCAAGGGAGGAAGUGACGAUGCAGAGGGUCGAUCCCGCAAGAAGCGCUUGAUCGAAUUGCUACGUGAAUUCCCUUCCGACGAACCUACACGAAAGAGAUACAUUCAAGAGAUCAUGGCAUGGAGCGGUAAAUUUGGACCAUUGGAGAGGGGAGACCCAGAGCUGCACCAUGCUGCCGGCUCGGUAUAUGCCGAAGAUAACGAGCCGUACGAGGCCGAGAAACAUCUCAUCCUAGGAACCUCCGAAUCGGCCGAGACGCUGGCGAAGCUCGAGUACGAAUGGUACACUGGCGACGAGCCUCACACCGCAGCUAUCUAUGCCUCUCGUGCAGUCUUCCCAUACCUCCUCACGGGCAACCUCCGCAGUGCAAACAAAGCCCUGCUCAUCUUUACCACCAAGCUCUCGGCUGCUAACCCCCAGCUGGGUGUGCAGGACGUCAGCAGCUCCAGCUCAGACGCCCGCGUAUUCCCCGCGCUUCCACUCGUCAACUUUAUCAGCUUGCUUCUGCUGACCAUCCAGCGGGGCGCUCCGGAUCUCUUCCGCAACCUCACUGCCCACUACGCAGCACAGAUUAAAGAACUUGGUAUAUGGGAUGAUGCCCUGGCGCAGAUCGGUGAGCAGUACUUUGCGAUCAAGAUCCCUAGACAAGGAAACCCAUUGAUGGAUAUGAUGAGCGGUAUGUUGUUCGGUGGUGGUAAUGCGGGCAAGCAACAAAGCCGGGCGAAGAAGGUCGAGGCCCCACCGGCAAGCAUGGAGCUUGAUUAA